CGCCGCGGCUCCAGGCCGCUGUGGGUCAGCGGGGAGGCGGCCGCGGCCGCGGCGGGAGAUGGCGGGCGGCGGGGCCGCUUGGCCCGGCUUCGCCCGGAGGCGCCGGCGCGAGGAGCGGCUGCGGAGCCGUCGGGGAGGGUCGGCAGAAGUUUCUACCCUGCAAAUCUGAUGUCCGUAUUCCCACUGGCAUCUGAGGAGAAUUCACAGGGAUUAAAGAAUUAAAUCAGCAGUUUGCAAACAACAGCCAGCAUCGCCGCUGAACUCCCCUACUUCGGGAGUGAGAAAAGCCAGGACCCCACCGAUCCGGAGACUGAAACCUUGAGCUGGAAAGCAGCUGCGUGGUGUACCAAACUGCAGGCUGGAGAGCCUUCCCUGUCAUCAUCCCUGUUGUUCUUCCCUAAAGUUUGUGUUUUUCCCAGGGAAAAAAAUAGACUUCAUUGGGGGAAAAAAAAAAGGAUGAAAUGUCAUAUAGUUGGCACAUUUCAGCAAAAAACAGACAGGAAUGAUCCUUGUCUGCGGUUUGCACGUGACCUAGAAGAGCACGCAGGGAUCCUUCCCUGUAUUUAUGGAAGAUUGGUGUAAACAGAACGCACGAAGCGAGCUCUGCACGUUCAUGAGCGAUCAUGAAAGGUGUGUGGUUGAUAGCCUUGGAGACAGAAGCUCAACUCAUCCACAGAACAGUCUGGUAGAGGCACCAAUGAGGAACUUCCUGAAAUUUUAACCUCCACAUUCAUGUUAGUACCUGCAUCAUGGCACAGCAAGCAAAUGUUGGUGAGCUCCUCUCAAUGCUGGAUUCUCCGAUUCUGGCUGUCCUGGAAGAUAUAACAGCUGCGUUCAAAGAUAAUCUCAUUUGUGACCGUGGACCUAUGCUUGUGAACAACCUGGUAGACUAUUACUUGGAAACCAAUUCUCAGCAGGCACUGCAUAUACUGUCCACGCUGCAAGAGCCUCAUGACAAGCACCUACUGGACAAAAUUAAUGAAUACAUGGGCAAAGCUGCUACCCGUUUACCCACGCUGUCUCUGUUGGGGCAUGUGAUAAGACGACAGCCGUCUUGGAAACAUAAGCUUUCUCAAGCACCUCUCCUGCUUUCAUUACUUAAGUGUCUCAAGACUGACACAGAUGUAGUAGUACUCACCACAGGUGUUCUAGUGCUAAUAACCAUGUUGCCAAUGAUUCCUCAGUCUGGCAAACAAUACCUUCAUGAUUUCUUUGGUAUCUUUGGCCGUCUCUCAGCCUGGUGCUUGCAGAAUUCAGGUCAUGUGGCAGAGACUUAUCUUGUCCAUCUUCAUGCCAGUGUUUAUGCUCUUUUUCAUCGUCUUUAUGGAAUGUACCCUUGCAAUUUUGUCUCCUUUCUGCGCUCUCACUACAGUAUGAAGGAAAACUUGGAGACCUUUGAAGAGGUCGUCAAGCCAAUGAUGGAACAUGUGCGGAUUCAUCCAGAAUUAGUGACUGGAUCUAAGGACCAUGAACUGGACCCACGAAGGUGGAAAAGACUAGAAACUCAUGAUGUUGUGAUAGAAUGUGCCAAAAUCUCCCUGGACCCUGCAGAAGCAUCAUAUGAAGAUGGCUAUUACUCUGUGUCUCGGAAACUCUGCACAAGCUUAAAGCAUCAUCAGACUGACCCCAGUGCCAGCCAUUACAUUGACACACAGAGCAGCUAUGGGACUUCUACCCCUUAUUCCACUCCUCGGCUAACACUAUCACAAAUGCCAGGGCAGCUACCUCAGAUUCUGAGCCCACAGUCAAUGCGUCUGUCAACUGAGCCACAGCAGGUUACCAUCUGGAGCCCUUCUGCAAUUUGUGGUAUGACCACUCCACCAACCUCCCCUGGAAUUACCCCAUCAGAGUCGUCCCAGUCUGCAUCACAACCUUACAGCAAAGCUUUCAGCACAUCUGCAGGGGGGAAGGGGACACCUUUGGGAACGCCGGCCACAUCUCCACCACCAGCCUGCAUUUCAGAUGACUUUGUGCAUGUUUCACUCCCUUCAGCUGCUGCCACACCUCCUAAAAAGGAGGACAAACCAGAUCCUGGGAGGCCUUUAUUGUACCGACAGCAAAAUGUCACAAACAGUGAGAAAUCAUUGGACACACCUGGUAGUAAAAGUUCAGUAACUUUAAGUGAUCUUCCAGAAUUUUUAGGAGGUUUGUCUUUUGAAGAUAGUGCUGAAAAGGACAGAGAGGAAGAUGCAAUAUCUAAAGAGAUCUCUGAGAUCACAACUGAUGCUGAACACAUGGUGCCUAGAGGAGGAUUUGACUCUCCAUUUUACCGCUCAAAUGAAAGUCUGUCAGGCUCUCAAAAGAAGACCCAUUCAGUAGUCUCUAGUGUUCAGGGACACAGUCUGACCUCUGAGCCUUUAACGUCUUCUCUGGACAAGCCUGGGCCUGAGAGUGCACGGGAAACACCCAAACAAACAUUUACUCCCAUUGACAAGCCCUGUGGAGGCUCUGGUGAAAGCCCUGCUGGUAACAGGGAAGGAACCUCUGGGGAGACGAGUAUCCUCACUCCCAGCCCUUGCAAAGUACCAGCACAAAGAAGAGUGGGGUUUGGGAGUGGGCAGCCUCCCCUGUAUGAGCACCUUUUUGAGGUUGCAUUACCAAAGACUGCCUACCUCUUUGUUGGCAAGAAGACUGAAGAGCUGCUAAAGAAAGCCAAGGGAACCCAGGAUGAAGACUGCACAUCCUCUACUUCUCCGGUGGAAGUACUGGAUAGACUGAUACAGCAAGGAGCAGAUGCGCACACUAAGGAGCUGAGCAAAUUGUCUCUGCCAAGCAAAUCUGCUGACUGGACUCACUUUGGAGGUUCUCCCCCUUCAGAUGAGAUUCACACCCUGCGUAACCAAUUGCUUUUGCUGCACAACCAGUUAUUGUAUGAACGCUUCAAAAGACAACAGCAUGCCCUUCGGAACCGGCGACUCUUGCGAAAAGUGAUUAAAGCAACAGCACUGGAGGAACAUAAUGCUGCCAUGAAAGAUCAGUUGAAACUACAGGAGAAAGAAAUCCAGGCCUUGAAACUGAGUCUGCAGAAAGAACAGGCAAGGUACCACCAAUUUCAGGAGGAACAUGAAAAUAUAGUGGCUCAGCUUCACAGCCAGAUCAGACAGCUGCAACAUGACCGUGAGGAAUUCUACAACCAGAGCCAGGAAUUGCAGACCAAGCUGGAAGACUGCCGGAAUAUGAUUGCAGACCUGAGGUUAGAAUUAAAGAAGGCUAACAACAAGGUGUGUCACACAGAAUUGCUUCUUAGCCAAGUUUCUCAAAAGCUUUCCAACAGUGAAUCAGUGCAGCAGCAGAUGGAGUUCUUGAACAGGCAACUUCUGGUCCUCGGAGAGGUCAAUGAGUUGUACUUGGAACAGCUGCAGCACAAGCACACAGACACUACAAAGGAGGUUGAAAUGUUGCACGCUGCUUUUCGGAAAGAACUGGAGAAAGCGAAGUUCUGUGUUCAACAGCAAAGCCAAAGGCUUGAUGCUUCCCAGAAACGGAUAGCUGAACUGGAAUCUCAGCUUGCUAAAAAGGACCACCUGUUCCUGGAACAAAAGAAGUACCUAGAAGAUGUUAAAAUCCAAGCGAGAGGUCAGCUGCAAGCAGUAGAAAGUAGAUACAAGGCCCAGAAAAGAAUCACACAGGCAUUUGAGCUGGAGAUCUUAGAUUUGUUUGGCCGACUAGAGAAGAGCAGCCUACUGAAAAAACUUGAAGAAAAAGCAGAAGCAGCUGAAGCAGCAGAAGAAAGGCUGGAUUGUGGUAAUGAAGGCUGUGCAGACACUGUGGCGGGAUACAGUGAAGAAACAGUUGGUAGAAAUGGAGAGACCAAACCUCCCAGCACUCGGGGUAGUAGUAGCAGUAAGGGUGGCAGCAGCAGCGAGCUCUCCACCCCAGAAAAACCCCAGAACCAGAGAUUAAGCAGUCGCUGGGAGACAUCCAUGUUGCUGGAGCCCUCGACUACUGUCCCACUGACUGUAGGUUCACUCCCCAGCUCCAAGAGCUUCCUUGGAAUGAAGGCACGAGAAUUAUUUCGCAACAAGAGUGAGAGCCAGUGCGAUGAGGAGGGUGUUACCAUCAACAGCCUUUCUGAUACUCUAAAGACUGAACUAUGUAAAGAUCCAAGCAUGGAGACGAAGGCCCCUCCAAGCCCCGAUAACCUUAGCCUUUCACCUAAGAUCCAGGAAAGCAGUGUUGGACAGCUUCAUAUCAUGGACUACAAUGAAACUCAUCAUGACCACAGUUAAAGAGGAAGAUAGUCAAUCAGUGUUAUUUUCAUAUUCUUGGCAUAGAACAGGAGGCGUGAAUGCAAGUUUAACUAAAAGCUUUUAUGUUUCUUUGGUCUGAGCAGCUAGCUCAUGCAGCGGAAUAGGAUUGAUGUCCGGUAAUGGAAGGUGGCUGCUGAACGAAUGCAAAGUGGAUUUUUGGGUCUGGAAUUGUAAUGCCCAGCCUAACUCUUGCUUCUUUCUCAAAUUCAGUCUUUAGCAGCGUGUACUAAUUUGAAGGGACAUCUGUUAGCAUUUGCAAGUAUUUUUUUCCUUUCUCCCUGUCCCCAGUGAGCAGCUGCAUUUAUGAACUUGAGUGCAAUAUGAGGCCAAAUUAACAUUUGUGAGUCUACUAUGAAUGCUUUGUAUUUCCUUGCAAGCUUCCAGUUUAGAGCAGUUAAUUAUGCUGCCUGUCCAGGUGACUUCGGUUAUUUUUAUCCUGGAAGGGAGCAAAACUAGAAUUCCUAGUGCAUUCAUCUAAAGGUCUAUAUUUUGCCUGUUCACUGUCCCACUUCCCUCAGAGCCCAGUUUUUAUUAAGUUGGACUCCGAUCGAAGAACUAAAUGUUUAAAGAACAGUGUACCUCUGCAAAAUGAUUCACACCCUAAUUCAUAAUCAUUGUUCAUACUGUCCUUAACAUUUCUUGGAAGUUGCAUUUGAACAGACGAUAAGGAACUGGAGCUUGUAAUGCAGAGAUCAUAUAUGCUGAAGACUUGUUAAAAACACUAGCUUCCGAUAUUUUUAGCAUUUUAAGUGUUUGCCUGACACACUGGUACUGACCUCAAACUGGUUUGUGUGUGAAAGCAGUUUGGGUGGGAGAAGAGGGAAAAGGAAGAUUUACGCAAAAAGCGAGAGCAUGCAGAAAAGGUAUGUAAUAUAGCAAGCUCAUGAAGGUUUGCAGAAGAGCACGUUUCUCUAAUCGGGGAAAUGCUCAUGCUGCCUGACCUCCUUCAUAGUUCUGGUCUUUGUUCUCAGUCUGAGCAAGAUCACUGUGUUUUUUUGAGUCCAAGAAAUUGGCUUCACUCUUUCUGGGAAUAUGUUUCCAGGCUUGACUUAUAGGAUACGGUCUGCUUCGACUGCUGUUCUGCUCCUAUUGCAGCAUGUUUUUCAGCUCAGUGCCAUCAGUUUGGCUCUAGGUAUUACCCCUUCGCCCUCAUCCCCAGUUUCCCUAAAAAACUAGGCUGUAUGCACUGAAGAGGAAGCACGCUUAAACUGAGAAUCCGAAUUCUGCCAGGGAGCCUUUCUGUGUCAAUCGUGUUUAAGUCAAAGAUGAACCUUGUGUGAAGGAGGACUGUGGGAUCAGGGUUUGUCAGUGGUCGGAGUCAAAUCUUUGUGACAGAACAAAGCCCACUGUUAGGAAGGCAGCGUGCUUGUUUUAGACCUUAGAUCCGUCUGGGUCCAAGCUUACUUAGACAUAACGGGCCUCAGAAUUACCCUGCACCGCAUGUGGCCUCUUUUCUUAAACAUUCUCUGGGUGGCAGCUGCUGUUGAAGAAUCUUCUCAAAUAUAAAUCAAGUCCAAGUACGCUUGCACUUGUAGUUCAUUUUCCUUCUUAACCUGAACAGGAACAGAAUCUGUCAAAGGCUGGCAUUAUGCUAAUGCGUGCCUGACAGUACUCUUCCUCCCAUUUCCACUUCUUCCAUAACACCUAGGGUCUAAAUACAUUUCUGCCUCUCUAAAUUAUUCUCAGUGUCCUUUCAGUUCGUCAGUCCUAACUCUGAAAGUAAAGGUGAACUUCAGUGGUUUUGUCAAAGCUUGAAUCUGCAUGGAAUAGAAAAUAGAGAGUUGGUUGUAAGUGACAGACUGGUUUUGUCGACAUGUCUAUAGGCUUUCUAAGACUUAGUGGUAGCACAUGUGGUAGCGUACGUUUCAGUAAGAUUUGGAGGUCUCCUGCCCCUUGCCCCACCAGGCCCCAGCCCCUAAAAGUGAAUGGUUUGCACAUUGCCCUUGAAGGGGCUGGCUCAGCUGUUGGAUGCAGUUGUAUUACAGGAGUUCAUAAGACCGUCCUUCUGCUUUGCCAAGCCCCAAAAGAGUAUCUUGCUUAUAUGAUGACUUCACUUUUCUGGAGGAGAGGUUGUUUUUGUUGUCGGUUACAAAAAUGCCCUGGCGGUGAAAUGCAAGCUUAUUGAUAAGGUGGCCUUUUUCUUCUUUUAAAAAGGAUUUUAGCACCGGGAUAGUAAUGGAAACCACUUUAGGUUUGUUUAUGGACCACAAAGAUUAUGGAGGAACAAACUUUGCCUUUUUUUCUUUUUUUUUGUAAAUCUAAAAAUCAUGGAUCUGCUGUAUGUAGUUAACUUGCAGUUUGUUUGAAGGGGUCCCAUCAGUGAAGUGGAAACAGAUUUUUUUAACUGACUGCUUUUAGUUAAAUCUAAAAAUGCUGUCUUUGUCAAGUUAAUCUGUUCCCUGCCUCGCUCUUUGUAAGCAUGUUAAACAAUCCACAUUAAAUGCCAUAAAUAUGAAAUAUGAGGAAAUGGUACAAUCCUAAGCUAAAGAGAACUUAAACCAAAAGGAGGUUUUGCUGUCCUUAUUAGAAUGUUCUAAAAUGUCAAGGCAGUUGCUUGUGUUUAACUGUGAACAAAUAAAAUGUAUUGUUUUGCACUA